GCUGCGGUUGCCAUGGUGCGGCGUCAUCGUAGGACUGGAGCAAACCUCGAGGCGUGGACUAAAAAAAAAAAAACACUAUCCUGACGACCAGGAUUACUCCAUCUUAUUCUGUGGAUAAUUACAGGACGGCGCAUUGUUAAACAAUAGUCAUGACUGUUUCUAAAAGAGGACGGUCGACUGUGCCGUUUUAUAUGUUGCUGUAACGGUUGCUAAGCUAGCUAAAGUUCGUGCUAGCUUGCUAGUAGUUGAAGCUAUCUUAGCUAUCAUUCGCCGACCGAGUCUAGACAAGAAGCUGGUAAUCGCUACCAAGUUAAGCGUAAACCAGACAGAGCCGGCGAGAUUUAAAGGAGUAACUGUUAAACGCGGGAAACGGACAGGGUGCAUGGGUUCAGCUGAUCUCGGUUUUCUAAAUUAAGCCUUAUCAGGAGCUUCCCGAGCAGAAAAUGUGAAUGAUGGCAACAGGGAUGAUGAGGAUAUGAUGUGACCUAUAUGUGACCAAGAAACACAAAACGGAAAACCUGAGAGAACCACUUGGCCUAGCCAACUGUUUUGGAUGAAUUUUGAGAAUUUCCUUCUGGGUUUCACCGUACAAAUGCAGAAGUCAGUUUGCCAGUCUGUUAAAUCAGCAUUUCUUUUCAAAGUGACAACAUGGAAUCUGAAAGCAUAACUGACCCGUAUGAAGACAACCGGGAUGUCGAUCAAAGUCGGCAGUCACAGCGGAGUACAAAGAAAGAUUCCCAAGAAUCAUCCAAUCAAAAACAGAAAAAGAACUUCAGGGACAAGAUCAAGGACGAGGAUGAAAAAGACAGCUGUUCUGACAGUAGAUCGAAAACCCGAACGUGGCGUUCGGAUCCAGACCGGGACCAGGUAUCCGAUGGAGAAGGAAGGGGAAGUAGUAGGUCCUUUUACUCAGAGGACUAUGAGAAUGAGUCUCCUUCAGAGGGAUCGCUCUCACCAUACUCCCAGUCCCGGACUCCAUCCCCUAUCCCUAAUAGAGGGGUACGGGUGAAGAGGAUUUCUAACAACCCCCUCUACAAGACAGGCGUUGUGGGGCGCAGGGGUGUAUCUCGCCCACAGCGUCCAGGUGGCCAACCCCUGACCCAACAGCAUCGCAGGGGAGUGCGUUCACAAAGUAAGGAGUCCACACCCCCUAAAGACUUGGACCUGGUCACAAAGAGGAUGCUUUCAGCCCGCCUGCUGAAGAUCAAUGAAUUGCGUAACACACUUGCUGAGCUGCAGCAGCGCACUGACGAGCUGCAGAAGGAGAAUCGAAUUCUCAGACAGCUUCAGGUACGUCAAGAGAAAGCCCUGCAUCGCUACGAUGACACAGAAAGCGAGAUUUCCCAGCUACUGUCACGCCACAACAACGAGACCCACGUGUUGCGUGAGCGGCUCAGGCGUACCCAAGAGCGGGAACGGGCAGCUGAGCGGCGGUUGAAGGACAGCGAGGAGCAGCUGCAAAGGAGUCAGUCGACCAUCGCACGCCUGAAGAAGCUGGUCGACCAGCGAGAGUUAGGAGCCAGAGACGAGCUCAGUCGCAAGCUAGAGGAAGAGAAGGCACGGGCCCAAGUGGCAGAACAAAAGAUUAAGGAGCUGGAGCGUAGCAUGGAGCUGAGCAACAGCAGUUACCAGAGGCAGCUGGCUGCAGAGAGGAAGAAGACCAUCAGUGCCCAGGAGGAGAUCAGGACUCUGCAGGAGGAGCUCGAACGACUGACCAAUAAACUCAAGGAGAAGGAAAGAGAACUAGAUGCCAAGAACAUCUAUGCCAACCGCAUGAUGAAACCCUCACAAAAAAAAGAUACUGACAGUGGCACGAAGCGGAAAGUUCCCAGCAGGAACAGCACCAAGGCUGUGCAGACUAAAGACAGGCUGUCUAGUCUGGAUUUCCCCACUCCUCCCCCUGCCAUCGCCGAUGCCAAUGAGUACAGCGAACAGGCACCUGAUGAAUACUUAUCACUCAAGGAACAGGCAGAGACUGGAGACGGGCAUCAAAAGUGGGAACAGCAGAAGACGAGAGACAGAGAGAAAGAAAGCGACAUGGACAAGGAGUUGGUGAAGGAGAAAGAGCAACUCAAUCAGGAGCUAAAUGUUCUAGAGGAGAAGGCAAAGAGGCUCAGAGAUGGUUGGGAGAAAGAAAAAGAGGAAAAAGACAGAAAGAGGACGAGUUCCCUGUUAAACCAUGAGGAAGAGAACAACAAGAAGGUCGGCCUUGUCCAGGAAGAGGUGAAGAGGUGGAACCAGGAUGCUCAGGCCAAUGAGCAAGCAGCGGAGGAAGCGCGUCGCAAAAAAGAACAGCUGCUCGCUAAGAUGCGUGAAAUAGACCACGGAGCCCAGGACACCAUGUUUGCUGAGUCUAGUCUUUCUGAGUCCAAUAAGGGUACCAGUAACCAUCCUUCUCCUCGUCUUCCUGAGCAGAGGAAUCACAACUCUUCAAUUUUUAACCUCACAGAAUCAGAGGAGUCGGCCAGUUUGCGCGCUGGUGCUGGAAGCCGGGAAGGUGGAAGGAGAAGAUCAGGCCUAGAGGUUGGAGCUGUUACAACGGGAGUGGGGAGGAGAGCACUACGCUCCCAAAUCUCCAAUGACGACUUGGCAUUCGGAAGCUACGCACCUUCUUUUGGAAAUUCAGCUUCCCGAGGUUCUUCAGGCUUCCCUCCACCUCCGCCCAUGGAUGAUAGGGACUCUGCUUUAGAAGCAAUAGGUGUUUUUAGUCUCAGAGGGGUGGAGACAGAGAAAGACAAGGAGACUGAAAGAGGAGUGGGGCAGGACAGGAAGUCCAGCCUCAUGCAGCAGCUAUUUGGUGCCCUGACAACACCUGCUGGUGACAGUGCGAGCGCCAAUAAAAUGGAGGUCCUCAACAGUCCUCCAACCAUCAAUGGAGUACGUCCGAGAAGGGAAGGACUGCUCAGCUUCAACUCAGGGUCUUCCACUCCUCCGAAAUCCUCCCUGAACACUCUACACGUCGCAGAUAGCAGACCUGCCGUCCGUGCCAUCACCUCGUUUGAUGAUGACAUAGAGGAACUCACUUUAUGAAAUCUAUUUCAAUUUGAAGUAGUUUUUUGUAGGUGAGGUGAGGUCUGAACACUGAUUGACUUCCCAAUAAAUAAAUGUCAACAUUAUAGAAGCAAACAUAAAAGAGGAAGAAAAAAAAUCUAAAAUAGUACAUGACUAUAUAAAUGAUAAAUGAUUUAACUUUUGUUUUUGUCUUUUUAGUGAUUCAUCUAGAAAGUAAUUUCAUGUGACCUUGGAGCAUUCAGGUGCAUGUGUGCUGACACAUGGAUUACAGAAAUAGGUGCCACAACUGUUGCUGACAUAGGAUUUUUGGACCCUUUGAUCUGUGUUUAGUUGAACUUGUGAGUGUUGUGUAGACUGUGGCUUUUACUUGUUGCACUAGUUAAAUUUGAAGAGGUUCCUCAGGUUGCAUUCCAUUAUUUUAGUAGAAUAUGAACAUAGGAGAGCAGAGCCACAACACACAUAUAAUCCCCCAGUCACUUUUUGCUGUAAGCCACAUGUCUUUGCGUUUCACAUUUUAAGUGAUUUUGCCAUAUAUUGUUUUAGUAAUAAUAGUUUGUGGUUGCUGUUAUUAUCGGCUGGUUUGGGACCCUAUAUUUCUUAGCGUAUCUGUAUUUGCACACAUUUUAUUCCACACAGAUUGAGCACAGUACUUAAACUAUAAAUUAUUUUACAGUCCAUGCCAUAAGAAUGUAACAAAGCCAUAUGACAAUCACAGUGUGUUUAGAGUGCCCGGCUGUUAUAUAAAAUGGGUUAUAUUUAAACCGUUUACUACAAAACUUCAUAAAAAUGGACUGAAACAUGAUAAUGCCCUUUAAGUGUGUAUGGAAGUGUAUAUUAACAAAAACUGUUGCGAUUUGACCCACCUGACCUGAACACAUCGGGUGUUUGAGGGCAUUUACAUGAGCAUUGACUUUAGAUUAAAUAUCAAUAUUCCCUGGCAUGUUCCAGGCUCCCUGCACUGAUAUGACUCAUAGCAGACAACCAGCACUAAGCCACAAGUUAUAUUGAAGUGAACAGACAAAAUGCUUUAUUGUUAUCUAUAUUUAUUGAUUUUAAGCUCUUAUAAAUUCACAUUCAAUAAUCAAAAACCUCUAUUGAUUAUUACAGCAACCCCCAAUGUUACCAAUCUGUAUCAGGAAGCUGUACAAUGUCCACAUUUGAAGAGCUCUUUGUAUUUAAUAUGGCAGAUUUUAUUAUUGUAACUUCCAUAAGGGAUGAAAUGUGUAACCAGUGAAACACUUUGUGGUGGAAUCAGUCUGUAUUCAUGUUUUGCAUUUUUCACAUUUUAUACUUAUUAUCCACUUGUAUUGUUUAUGUUUUAUAAGUGUUGUAUUUUGUUGAACGAAAAUAAAUGCUUAGUUAUCA